GGAAAUAUGUUUGGUGGUGUUCUUUGGUGUGGAAUACUUGGUCCGUCUAUGGAGUGCUGGUUGCAGAUCGAAAUACAUGGGAUGCUGUGGGCGUUUGCGGUUCAUACGAAAACCGAUUUGUAUCAUAGAUUUAAUCGUCGUGGUGGCAUCCAUGGUGGUUCUCUCGGUUGGUAGCAAUGGUCAAGUUUUUGCCACUUCCGCGAUAAGGGGUAUAAGAUUUUUGCAAAUACUUCGGAUGCUUCAUGUUGAUCGUCAAGGUGGAACAUGGCGACUACUCGGUUCUGUCGUAUUUAUUCAUCGUCAAGUGCUGAUCACGACACUUUACAUCGGGUUCCUAGGUCUUAUUUUCAGCAGUUACUUUGUGUAUCUUGCCGAAAAGGAUGCUGUUGGGCCCGAUGGCAAGACAGACUUUUCCAGUUACGCCGAUGCACUUUGGUGGGGUGUGAUCACAGUGACAACGAUCGGUUAUGGUGACACCGUACCACAGACGUGGAUGGGAAAAAUCGUGGCAUCGUGUUUCAGCGUAUUCGCCAUAUCCUUCUUCGCACUUCCAGCCGGUAUACUAGGUUCCGGUUUCGCGUUAAAAGUACAACAAAAACAACGGCAAAAACAUUUCAAUCGACAAAUACCAGCAGCUGCAAUGUUAAUACAGUGUCUAUGGAGGUGUUAUGCAGCUGAUAAAGCAAUAAACAGUGUAGCUACUUGGAACAUUUAUAUAAAGGAUCCAGCACCAGCAGGACAACCGUCUACGCCAUUGGGAAAGUUGAUUUGUGUAAAGAAGAUGGUAUGUAAAAUGGUUUAGAUUUAUUUCAUAUUUAUUAAUCUUUUGCAUGUUUAUU